UAGUUUCUAAGGAUCAUGUCUGCGAGUCAGGAUUCCCGAUCCAGAGACAAUGGCCCCGAUGGGAUGGAACCCGAAGGCGUCAUCGAGAGUAACUGGAAUGAGAUUGUCGACAGCUUUGAUGACAUGAACCUCUCAGAGUCACUCCUCUGUGGCAUAUAUGCCUAUGGUUUUGAGAAGCCCUCUGCCAUCCAGCAGUGAGCCAUUCUUCCUUGUAUCAAGGGUUAUGAUGUGAUUGCUCAAGCCCAAUCUGGGACUGGGAAAACAGCCACUUUUGCCAUAUCAAUUCUGCAACAGAUUGAAUUAGAUCUAAAGGCCACCUAGGCCUUGGUCCUGGCACCCACUAGAGAGUUGGCCCAGCAGAUACAGAAGGUAGUUAUGGCCUUAGGAGAUUACAUGGGUGCCUCGUGCCAUGCCUGCAUUGGGGGUACCAAUGUACGUGCUGAGGUGCAGAAGCUGCAGAUGGAAGCCCCUCAUAUCAUCGUGGGUACCCCAGGCCGUGUGUUCGACAUGCUUAACCGGAGAUACUUGUCUCCCAAAUACAUCAAGAUGUUUGUACUGGAUGAAGCUGAUGAAAUGUUAAGCCGUGGAUUCAAGGACCAGAUAUAUGACAUAUUCCAGAAGCUCAACAGCAACACCCAGGUGGUUUUGCUGUCAGCUACAAUGCCUUCUGAUGUGCUUGAGGUGACCAAGAAGUUAAUGAGGGAACCAAUUAGAAUUCUUGUCAAGAAGGAAGAGUUGACGCUGGAGGGUAUCCGUCAAUUCUACAUCAAUGUGGAACGAGAGGAGUGGAAGCUGGACACACUGUGCGACUUGUAUGAAACCCUGACCAUUACCCAGGCAGUCAUCUUCAUCAACACCCGGAGGAAGGUGGACUGGCUCACCGAGAAGAUGCAUGCCCGAGACUUCACGGUCUCUGCCAUGCACGGAGACAUGGACCAAAAAGAACGAGACGUUAUCAUGAGGGAGUUCCGCUCUGGCUCUAGCAGAGUAUUGAUUACCACUGACCUACUGGCCAGAGGCAUUGAUGUACAGCAAGUUUCCUUAGUCAUCAACUAUGACCUCCCCACCAAUAGGGAAAACUACAUCCACAGAAUUGGUCGUGGUGGACGUUUUGGCCGUAAGGGUGUGGCUAUUAACAUGGUGACAGAAGAAGACAAGAGGACUCUUCGAGACAUCGAGACCUUCUACAACACCUCCAUUGAGGAAAUGCCCCUCAAUGUUGCUGACCUCAUCUGAGGGGGGCUGUUGUGCUACCUAGCACCAGCCAGGGAUAAAACCUUGGAGGGGGCUGAGGAGCAGCAGGAGGGGGGAGGGAAGGGAGCCAAGGGAUGGACAUCUUGUCAUUUUUUUCUUUUUUUUUUUCUUUGACUCUUUGAAUAAAUGUCA